AUGUGUACAUUGAUCAUUUUUGGAUUUGCUUAUUCAUUUAGUUUAGUUGUUUUCUAUCCAUGUACGAAUCAAUUUGAUUAUACAAUUGAAACAUGUGGUGGUGCAUGCUACGAAUCUGAGCCAUUUUGGGGUAUAUUGGAUUGGGUCGUCACUGCUGUUGGACCCUUAUGCGUGAUUAUCGUGUCUAAUAUGAUUCUUGUCGGACGAGUGUUUAUUCAACGACGUAAAAUGAUGCGAGCAAAUGUCUGGAGACAUAAUCUAGCUUUGCUAAUACAACUUCUAUUAAUUACAACAUUACACUGUGCUGCUUGGCUUCCUGUGUGUAUCGUAAGUCUUAUUAGUCAAGCGGAAGUUUCAUCAUCACAAGUGAUACAAGAACUUCAAAAUAAUUGGAUAUUAGUUAGUCCCAUCUAUCUGUCUAUUAUUGGUUGUCCUAUUGUAUGCAUUUUUGCAUUGCCUGAAUUGAAAGACAAAUUUCGUUUGACUAUUGUCUAUCAAUGGCGACAUUAUAUGAAUCAUCGAAUUAAUCCAACAAGAACAAGUAUAAUGUUUCAUACUUAA